UGCUUAUUUGAAAAAAGAUGUUUUUUUGCUUUUUUUUUUGGGGGACGCGCUUUUGCUGUAUUUAUCGGUUUUCAUAGAAAGAAUACAAAGCAGCCAUGACCACACACUCUCAACCCGCCGCUUCCUUGAAGCAAAUUCUCGAACGCUCAAAAUUAACCAAUAGUAAAAUUCUGCAACAGGAGUUACCUGCGAUUGAACGAGGAUUAGAUCAGAUUGAUUCACAGUCAAAGAAACUCUCAUCAAAGGCAACGAGUAAUGACGAAGGAAGCGAUAUUAGAGCUCAUUAUUUCUUAGCACAGGGAGGAGUAAACACACAAGUCUUGAUUAAGGAUUUGGGGACGAUUCAUUUGGGAGGACUUGAAGAACACCGACAACCGAUUCAGGAUAUGGAUGUAGAAGGAUACCUUGAACAACAGCGAGGGGAGACAGUGAUGAAGAUUAUUGAGGAUGGUAGACAAGAGAUUCUCAAAUAUUCAAAUGACAGUUUCGAUAACGACGUUGAUGAAUACUGGACGAAAUUGACAACGGAGGAAAUUAAAGUGAACGAGGUGCAGACGACGGGCCUUAAUUUAUCUAAAGCUAAAUUCGAUACAAGUCGUCUUGUCGGCGCUGGUAUUUUGUAAAUUUGGGGGGAGUAAUGAAUCGUCAUUUUUUUCAUAUGAACCUUGACAAAUAAAAAAUGCCCAUUUGAGUUUCAAUCCU